AUGAAGUUAAAAAUCAGAGAAUCCGUUUUACCUUUAUUGCCAUCAUUAGACCAACAUAGAAAAUCAAAUGUUGCGUUAAACAGAGAGAUUGUUAAGCAACUUAUAAGUAUAACGGUUUUCUUAGGACAACAUUGUCUUUCGUUCCGAGGCCAUAGAGAACAUUGGAAAGAUCAUCUAAGAGGAAACUUUAAAGAUUUAGUUUUAUUAUUAUCUGAACACUCUCCUGCUUUAUUAUCUCAUGUUACUAGCCUCAAAACUAAAGGUCGUAAAGAAGAUUCAUUUAUCUCAUGGGAUCGUCAAAAUCUCUUAAUUGAGUCAGUUUCUAAAAACAUAGCAGACAAAAUAGUAACUGAUAUAAAAGCAUCUCAAGUAUUUAGUGUUUCUGUUGAUUCAACAUUUGAUGUUUCGCAUAAGGAACAAGUAUCAUUCAUAAUAAGAUAUGUCGAUGAGACAGAUGGUAAAGUGAUGGAGAGAUUAAUAGCUUUAAAAGAAUCCCCUCAUACAACUGGAACUGUUCUGGCAGAAUUGUUUGAUAAUGUUUUUAAACAAAACAAUAUUGAAUGGAAGAAAUACUUGGUGGGUCAGUCUUACGAUGGAGCGGCCAAUAUGAGUGGUCAAUAUAAUGGUCUACAGGCAAAAAUCAUUGAAAAAAAUCCACAUGCGUUGUAUAUUUGGUGUUCAGCGCAUAGGCUUAACUUAAUCGUAAGUCAAGCUGUUGGUUCAUGCCUAAAUGCCAUCGACCUUUUUGGGAAAUUGGAGAAAAUGUUCACUUUUAUUUCAGGAAGUAAAAAAAGAGCAGCUAUAUUCAGAGAAAAACAGAAAAUGUUAUAUCCUAAAAAACAAAUACGAUCAUUAAAACGUGUGGAUACCACACGCUGGAUGUCUCAUUCUUAUGCAUUGACUACAAUCCUCGACACUUAUUAUGCUGUGUAUUUAACAAUUGAAGAAAUUCAAAUCACAGAAGGAACAUCUGAUUACAUGCUUGGUAGCGAGUGUCUAGGAUUACUUUCAUAUAUAACUUCGUAUAGGUUUAUAAUAACUGCUUUUACUUUUAAAACUAUUUUUGAUGUACUUGAACCUUUGAAUCGAAUACUACAGGCACGUGAUAUAGACAUUCUAUCUAUAGUAUCUGUAAUAAACAAGGUGAAAAAUAUAAUUCAAUUGUACAGAACAGAUGAAAAAUUUAAUAAAAUUGUGGAAGAUGUUAAAGGCUUUGUAGAAGCUUGUGAGAUUGAAAAUUUUACACCAUUGGAAAAUGUGCGAUCACGAAAAAAAAUAGUUCCUCGCAAAGCAGAUGAAUUAUGUCAAGAUGAAACAGUGCAAGAUCCUUUAAAAAAAUUUAAGAUUGAUACUUUUUUUUUGGUGUUAGAUUUAAUUAUAACUCAGAUAAAUAAUAGAUUCACAGAUAAUAAUUUAGAGGUCUUGAAAGAUUUAGCUUUGCUUUCUAUUAAAAUAAUAAAUGAAAUUAAAAUAAAUCCUGACAACAUUCCAAAAGAUGCUUUUAAAUCAGUGUGUUCUGUAUAUCAUACAUUUUUAAAUAUAAAUGAUGUUAAAAGAGAAUAUGAACAGUACAUACAAUCUGAUUUUAAUUUAAGUAACAAAUUACCCGAUUACUUACAUUCAUGUUUGAAUGAUACCUCAAAUAACUCAGACUAUUCGGAUGAUGAAUCUAUGUCACAAGAGUCAUUAAAAACAUAUCAAAAUUCGUCAAGUUUAUUGUGCGUGUAUAAGGAAUUUUGUUUAAAUGGUUUCAAAACCAUUUUCCCAAAUUUAUUUAUGCUGAUAAAAAUUGGCGUAACACUUCCAGUAUCAAGUUGUUCACCCGAAAGAUCUUUUUCUAAACUUAAGCUAGUCAAAACACGAUUAAGAAGUUCUAUGGGAGAAAACCGUUUAGAAGAUUUAAUACGUAUUACCUGUGAAUCAGACAUAGACAUUAAUGUAGAAGCAGUUAUUGACGACUUUGCUUCAAAAAGUGUAGUUUUAACUAAAGCACUAAAAUAUUAA